AGAAGCGCGGUUCAUCUCUGCAUGCACUAUCAUGCCUCUCGCUCUUAGCUCUUAGAUGCCCUCGUCGUAUGCUCAUGCACAGCGACAGGUUUUAUUUGUGUGUGUGCGUUUUGUUGUCGAAAAAACCUUGUUGCCCUGCCCACCACUCUCUUUCUAGUAAGUUGCAGUUAGCGACUCCUGCGGAGCACGCGUCAGAAAAGGACAUUCUGCACCACCAACAAAACAACAAACAAACAACCCUCUACCUAUUCAUUCUCGACCUUGGACUUGUCAGGUCGUCUCUCAAUUCAUAUUCAUGCUAUUAUGCUACUGAACCUCGAUCAUAUAGAUCACGCAUUCCUCUUUCCUGUCGCACAUAUUACUGUUCCAUCACACUCUAUUACCUCACUCGGCAACGCGUCUCAUCCAUACUUUAUUUUUACUUCAUUUCACUUUCAUAACGGCUUUAAGAUUUCUGUUACAGAGCUUUCUUAAAUCUUUUCGAAUGCAUCAAUGAGAGAUAGUGAUAAGGAUGAUGAGCAGGGGAGAGGAAAGAAAAAGAAGAAAGAGAAGAAGGAAAAAAAAAGAAAGAGAAAGAAAAAGAAAAAGAUGUAAGGUUGAUUUGCACUUUUGAGUGAAGGUUGAAUAUGGAGCACAGAUGUUUGCGUUGUCUUCAUAGUGUGAGCCAGAACUUGGUGUAGCAUUCCUGUUCCUGUGCAACAUCCUAAACCAAAAAGC